AUGGGACCAAGCGCGUUCAAGGAUCCCACAAGCCACACACGCGCUGGUUACAACUUUGGCGGUGAUAGAGAUGCUCGGACAUCCGGUUUUGAUAAUUCGAUCGUAUCCAACGGGUUAUUCAAUCCGUUACACGUGAGUCAGUAUUUCAAAUCACUCCUGAAUAACUGGCACCCAGGACUGGGUGAUAAACAGUCGCUUUCAGCGCCAGAAUCUGACGGAGAAACGUCUUCUUCACUGUUGUCUGAAGUCGGAUUCCGAACGAGACCAAUGGACACAAACAGCUCGGUGCAAAAACACUCGACUACAACUUCCGGUUCAUUACGACCAUCCAUACUCACCGGCCUAACCUCCAACCCUAUCAGCCCACCAUGGAUUCCAACCACCACCGCGGAUUCUAUCAGUUUUCGCGCCAAUCCCACCGUAGGCAACAUAUUCAGCACAACUUCAUCCACAACGUCUAAUUUACCCUCACCGGAGUUGCAAACAGAUAUCAUUGAUUUGGCCAGUCCAUCACAUAAUAAGACUGGCUCCCGAACACGUCCAGGAAAGAUAUUGCCACAAAACAGUGAAUAA